CUCCCAGGUCAGUGUGAAUAGAACAGUCGAUGCGAGAAAUAGAACGUGACGUUAGCACGGACAGCGGUAACUGUAUCACUUUCAAGAGAAAAGAGGGAGCCUACAUUCAGUUGAAGGACUUCGUGUAUAUAACCCUGGCGGACGAUGGUUUGUGUAGAACAGAUAAUGUAGGGAAGGUUGAAGGACGACAGAAACUUUACCUCACAAACGACUGUAUGUACAAACGGGAGAUCAAGUCUCUACUGUUGGUCACUUUGGGUUUGUACCACGAGCACCAGAGACCGGACAGAGACCAGUACAUACAGGUACACAUGGACAACGUACAGAAUAAGGCGAAAAAAUCAUUUGUCAAGAUAAAGUCCAAUGAUACAAACCUGCUAGAUUUUCCAUAUGACUUUCACUCCGUCACCCACUUCAGCGAGUACGAAUACGCCAAGAAUCCAUCUUUCCCCACCAUCAGCACCAAUGUAUCCGGGAUCAGCUUUGACAACAGAAGCAGACUAAGCUUCUACGACGUCCUUAAAGUACAGACAUUAUAUGAAUGUACAAAAGUUUCAGGCUAUACUAUGUUAAGAGACAGUACCAAAUACUUCCAGCAAAAGUCCACCGAUAUAUUCUAUCCACAAUGGCGUGACACCUCUGAGCGUCUUCCGGACUACAUGACCGCUAAAUGUAACAAGACUAAUGAUGUGUACACAUUGACAGUUCUGAAUGGCGCCACCUGGACGAGUGAAUACCCCCUUCCCCCGGGGAACUAUUGUAUAUCUGCUGACAUCUGUAUCGGGUCCUCCUCCUCGGAUAUAAAGUCGUAUAUACAGCUGACGGAGGAACCUGACUCCUACAGGUUCAAUAACACUCAACGCAGUGGGCAAUGGAAGACACUGAACAUGACGUACACCUCAGAGAAUGACUGGAAUCUGGUGCUGAAAGGACACAUUCUGUGGGGAGGGGAUGUCCUGGCCCUAGACAACCUGACCGUCCGCCGCAGUGUCGAUGUAGAUUGUAAGAUGUAGGGUCACUAGUAUUGUGAACAGUCUACUCAACACUCGAUUGUCUGUGGUGACAGGGAUCCACGUAUACAUGCUUCUGUCAGCAAAUGAUGAACCAUGAAUCUUUAGGUAUAAACAAUUAUAAAAAGUCUAUGUGCAUCAAGUUACAUUGACGUUAUCUGAAUCACUUGAUUAAGAAUUACAUAUUAUAAUUUUUCAACAGCUUUGAAUAUAUUUGCCAGCUAUGAUAGUAUGAGAUACAAUUUGGUUCAAAUGUAUUCUUCAGUACAUGUUGAGGAACGGUAUGGCACUCUUCGUACACAACUGAGCUGCAUGUCAAUAAACAUACUAAAAUAACCAG